AUCGACGUUGCAGCAACAUCAAUGGCCAGCCAGCUCAUAUAAGCAGCUAAUGCCAACCACAACCUCAAGAGCGGCAGCAGGUGCACAGGAAACGCAGGACUGACAGCCCAAGACGUGCAACUCAACUGAUAAGCCCAAACACACUGACUGACAACAGAAUUAUUAACGACGAACAAAAAGAACAACGCAGCAUGUCGUCGUCAUCAUUGUCAUUAUCAUUGGCAUUUAACGCAGUCGUAGCCGGAAAUGUGAUUUUAGUUUUAGUUAGUCUGCAGCUUAUCUGCGUGGCCAGCAGCAGUCGCAAGCUGCCGCAGCUGAUGAUGAGCAGCAGCGACUAUGGCGCCAGCUUAAGCGCCUCAGCGGAGGAUUUGGAUCUGCUGGAGCCACAGCUGACCGAACGCUCCACGCUGAGCAACAGCAGCGAAGAUGCCAAAAAUUCGGCACAAUCUCAAUCAGUGAUUGUCUCAAGUGGCGCUGCUGGCAGCUCGCUGCUCGAGGAAUUCAAUGGCGGCAAGCUAACGCCAGCUGAGACCAGCAACAUGCUGCCCAUUUUCCUCAGCGAGCCCGAGAGCGUCUUUGUCGUCAAGAAUCGCCCGGCUGUGCUCAAGUGCAAAGCUUCGCAUGCCCUGCAGCUGCACUUUAAGUGCUCGGGCAGUUCGCAACCGCCGCCAUCGACGCAUGACAAGCACGUGGAUCCGCACACGGGCGUCCAUAUGGAGGAGGUCACUGCCACCAUUCAUCGCGAUCUGGUCGAUGAGUAUUUCGGCAAAGGACCCUUCAAGUGCGAAUGCCAGGCGUGGUCCUCGCGCGGCGUGGUCAAGAGUCAAGCGGCCACAGUGCACAUUGCAUACAUUCGCAAGUCGUUUGGACAGUCGCCGACAUCGCUGCGCCUCGAGCUGGGCAGCCGUGCGGAACUGCACUGCGAACCGCCCGGCGGCUUUCCGGAGCCCAAGCUCAGCUGGCAUAAAAACAACGCGGUCAUAACGCCCGAGCCGAACAGCGAACCGGGCAUCAUGGUGGCCGGCAGCAGUUUAACCUUUCGCCAGGUGGCGCUGCAGCAUAUGGCCAACUACAGCUGCAGUGCUGAGAAUAUCGCAGGCAAGCGCAUCUCCGACUCUGCAGUGCUCAUUGUCUAUGUAAAUGGCGGCUGGAGCGCUUGGAGUCCGUGGCGUGAGUGCAAAUGCAGUGGGAAACCGAGUCAGGGCCGCAAACGUACGCGCAUCUGCAACAAUCCGAUGCCGUUGAAUGGUGGCGCCCAAUGCGCUGGCCCACAAAUACAAAAGUCUGCCGAUUGCGCCGCUUGUCCAGAGGACACUCAAAUUGUGAGCGUUGAUGGAUUUGACAUUUCGUCGAGUAAGCGCAUUGCACGUUGGUCGGCAUGGAGCGAGUGGAGCAGCUGCUCGGCGGAUUGCAUACAAGUGCGUCGGCGAAAAUGCCUGACGCACGCUCAAAACUUAAACACGGCCAAUGCUGAUGGCGGCGGCGGCGACAGCGAUGAAGCCAGCGAGCUGCUUGCUGUGGGUGGCGCCGCAGCAUUAAGCAGCAGCGAUGUUGGAGCUAGCGGCGGCAGUGGCAGUGGCAGCAGCGGCAGCGAUGCUGAUGGCAAAUCAUUGUGCGCUGGCAAGGAUAUACAAACGGCUGAAUGCCGUGGAGAGCAGUGUCAGAUUGGCAAGGAUGACUUCGAUUGGACGUUGUACUUGGGCCUGGCCUUUAUCACAGCCGUCUGCUUUGCUUUUGGCGCCGCGCUCAUCUGCUGCGCCCGCCGCGGCAUACGCGCCAAUCCGCAUUACAACAUGGCUCGUUCAGUUAUGGAUGCGGAUUAUAUGCCCGGCGUUGUCGAUAAGAAGGAGAUGCGCAUGCACAUCGAGGCGGCCAAUUUGGGCUACGAUUAUGUCAAUCCCGGACAUCGCUAUUUGCCCGGCGACCAUCUCGUUAGCCUCGCCAGCAUGGGCGCCGGCUGUGGCGGCGUCGGCGUCGGCGUCACUGAACAUCACUAUGAUGUACCUAAUCUGGCGGCCAACUACACCAAUCCCAUAGACGAUCUAAGCGCUGAUUAUCUGUCUGAGACUGGCGGCUCCUCCACAGCGGAUACAUCCAACUCCACAUUUGAUAUGAAUGGCAAGCUUUCGUUACUAAACGCCUCAAAAAGCACCAGCUAUGAACUGCUCAGCAGCACUGGCGGUCAGCUGCGUCUUUAUGGCGGCGAGCUGCUGCUGCUAGUGCCCGAAAUGGCCAUAGGCAAGCAUCUGAAGAAGCACGUUUCACUGAUGCUGCUGAGCGACGAGUGCAGUCGCAUUGCCUGCGCCACCGAUAGCUCCAUUCUGUGCAGCAGUGUUGUGCACUGCGCGCCACGCAAUUACGGAUUUGUGAAGCCCGUGAUAUUGAAAAUACCACACUGCUUGCUUGCGCCGGAGCAGUGGCAUGUGCAUAUUUAUCAUGCGGAUAGCGAGCACGAUGAUUUGAAUGUGAGCUGGCGUCGCGCUGUCUCCGUGGGCGAGGAGACCAUUAACACGCCCAUGUUUGUGCAGCUGGAGGCGACGCAUGUUUAUGUCAUGACGGAGCAGCUGGGACAUUUUGCUGUUGUUGCCGAGCCGCGCAUACAGCAGCCUGCCAUUAAAAUGAAACUGCUUGCGUUCAGUCAGCAAAGCAGCCCAAGCAGUGCACACUGCAGUUUACGCAUUUAUGUGGUGAAAGAUUUUCCCAACAGUCGCGAUAUUUGCGCUAAUGUCGAAUGCAAAUUGGGCGGCAGUUAUUUGGGUGAAAGUCAAGUCUUUGCUUUUGUGUUAAAUCAACGCAAUCUGAACAUAAGAGUAAGAUGCACAGAUGCGGAUGCUGCGCCCUAUGAACAUGCCAUACCCUAUCAACAUAUAUUGAGCAACAAUUCCAUUCUGCACUGCGAGUUCUCAGUGCGGCGGCAUGAGCAGCACACGCUAUGUGUGGACUUUGGUCAGGGCCCAGAGCUGGAUUUCUAUACAUUCAGCAUACCAGCGCAGCCGCUUGGCGGCUCAGCAGAGGAACUUGCCUCCACCACCAAUACAACCAUUAGCAUCGAUCGCCAGGGCAACUAUGUUAACGAAAGCUGUGUACUCGACUUUGUGCAACUGCCACAUGCCACCAAGCGCAUGAUUUGUGCUGCACUCGAUCCGCCACGUGCCGACGAACGCGAUUGGCGUCUACUCGCUAAAAAACUAAACGAAGAUCGCUACAUUGCUUACUUUGCCACCAAACCCUCGCCCACCGAGCAGAUACUAAAUCUUUGGGAAUGUCGCGCCAAUAAUCAUGCUAACGGUAAUAGUUCCAUUUCGCAUGCCAACAGCAUUAUGGCGCUGCUGCUUACACUGAAAGAAAUGGGCAGACAAGAUGUGCUCGACAUUAUAGUCGAGACGAUUGGACCGCUUUGGAUCUAAGCAAAACUUGUUGUAAACAUAAACAUAAAACUCAUGAGUUGCCUUUUAUUUGAAAAAUGUUUAAGCUGCGCAUCGGAAAAACGAAACGAGUAAUUAAAAUAUGAAAAUCAAAGUUUAGUUCUAGUUUAGUCAUAGUCAUGAUAUUAGCUUGUAAACUAAUUAGUUGUGUUCAACGAAAGAAUUUGCUCAACUCAACGAACUGGGUGCCAUGCAUUUUUUGAUACUAUCGAUAUAAGUACGAUAACGAUAACGAUUAGCGAUAGGCGAUAUAACGUUAGUUUAUUGUGGCUUAGCAAACUUAUUUGACUGUAGUAUUAAACACUAAACACUAUUUAAUUACAACUAAGUUUAAUUAUCACUAAGCCGUUGGUCAGAAAGUUUCUAGGCAAAGUGUUUACACCACUCCCCUCCCCUCCCCACAACUAAAGCGAACUGCAAUACAUAUAUCUCUAUAUAUAUAUGUCUUCGAUCAGUUUUGCAAACUGUUUGCCAAAUCGUUGAGCUCUUUCAACUGACUCUAGUUAUAACAACUAAUUUACCAUAUAUACACACACUUAUAUAUUGAUAUAUAUAUAUAUACGACGCAUAUAGUCUAUGAACUUAGUUGGUAGUCAGAUCCGAGUAGCUUGUUAGACAUACUCAAGUGAUAACCUUUGUAUUUGUCUUUAGCAUUUAAGUAACAACAGCAACUGUCGUUUAAAUCGUUAAUCAAACAAACAUAGCUCAAUAGCAUACAAAUCUAAAAUUUAAAUAUUUAAAGGCCAACGAACACUAAAAGAACAAAAUACAACAACUACCAUACAAACUUUUGUAGUGAAAAUGCAUUCAAUUUAGUCAUAAAUGCAAACAAUAAUUAACUGUAGUUGGAGUUUAACUGAUUUUUUGUAAGCAGUUCCCGUUACUAUUUUAUUGUGA